CCAACCGGGAGUAUUCUCGUUGCUGGAAUAAAUUAAAUUGCAGCGGUGUGGGUACAGGAGGGAGGGAGAGCGCGCCCUGAAUGCCAUUCACACAUCCCGCGCGCAGGGGAGCUCGGUCACCGUCGGAAUUAUCGGCGGAUCUCCGUGCGCUCUGCGUGCGCCCCGAGCGCAACUGUCUCCAAUCAAAAACUGCAUGAGUUAGAGGACGGCUGCUUACCGUGCUUCGGUGGACUUUGCUCAUUUGUUCAUUAGGAAGAUGCGUUAAAAUAAUUAGCACACCUGGAAGAGCCGAGUCUCUUAAGACACCACAUCAGCGACUCACUUGGAGAGGACUCACAUAAGCCUUCCUUCUGAGCGUUUUGGGAGAUUUUCAGCUGGAAACAUAGCGUAUUUUUAAGGGAGGAGGAGAUCAGGUUUCAGCUUCUGUUUAGUUCAACUUGCGCAGUCUUUUUUUUAAUUAUUUUUUUAUUUCUAUAUUUGCGCGCAACCUUUCUCCAAUGCCCCCCGGUGUUUGCGCCCAGCAGAACCGAACUUCACGAUCCUAUGAGGGGAUUUUGCGGAGAUUUAUUCCGAGCAGUCACGGACCAAAAGACUUACCGAAUAAGGACUCAUUAGGAGCGCAAGGAGAAUGAAGAGUCACCGGGGCCGGGGCAAACACCAUGAGUGGCCCGUGGACCUCCACUAGACUGACGGCCCUCAUGUUUCUAUGGAAGUGGUUGACAUUAAGCCUGCUCCUAAGCUGGUUGUCAGUAGGGGCCAGUGCCGCGGACUCUACCGGCGCUGGCUUCAGUGGCUCAAAUGGACCCCUGGGCUGGCUCCUGUCAGAGAAGGGUCCUUUUCACAAUUCGCAGGAGUUUGUUGAUUUCACAGAGCGCUACCAGCAGGGAUUCACCACCAAGUACAAAAUAUACAGGGAAUUUGGCCGUUGGAAGGUGAACAGCUUGGCCCUGGAGAGACAAGAAAACAAUGGCUUUUCGUUGCCGCUGGACCCAGAGUUCCUGCAGACCAUUAGGCAGCUGGGCAGGAGGCCCAGUCUCAGGGCCAUCACUGACAACCUCAUCAGGAAAUACGGAACCCACUUCCUGCUUUCCGCAAUGCUGGGAGGGGAAGAGUCCUUAAUGAUUUUUGUGGACAAGAGAAAGUUGAGUCGGACGUCUGAAGCGAGUGAAUCCAACGGCACAGCUGUGACGCUGGAAGCUUUGCACCAGCUGGCUGCCUCCUACUUCAUUGACAGAGAGAGCACCUUGCACAAGCUGCACCACAUCCAGAUUGCUUCCACUGCCAUCAAGGUGACCGAAACAAGGACGGGCCCACUUGGAUGCAGUAACUAUGACAACCUCGACUCUGUCAGCUCUGUUUUGGUUCAGAGCCCUGAAAACAAGAUUCAUUUGCAAGGCCUCCAGGCCAUACUGCCAGAAUAUCUGAGAGCCAGGUUUGUGCAGGCUGCUCUAAGUUAUAUUGGCUGUAAUGAAGAGGGCCAGUUUGUGUGCCGGGACAACGACUGCUGGUGCCAGUGUGCUGUCGACUAUCCGCAAUGUAAUUGCCCUGAGGUUGAUCUGAGGGCUAUGGAAGGCAGUUUACUGCAAAUCAGAGAUUCAUGGAACAUGGCCAACCAAGACUUUGAGGCAUCAGAAGACUUUCAAAACUUUGUUCGAAGGCUUCCCACAUUCUACGCCCUGAACGCGUCUGCCAUCCAGUAUUUCUGGAAGACGGAGCCGUCCAUUCACCAACGCUACAAACAGCUAGAGCUCAGCACACAGCAGCUUGCAAGCAAAGCACGGCGCAUCAUCAACAAGAUCUUCACCCUCAGCAAGAGAUGUCAAACUCAGCCAAAAAUUAUUAUGCUACGGGAAAGGCCAUUUGGGUAUUGGCUCAGCUACAUCCUGUCCAUCAUGUACUGCAGUGAAAACAACCACCUGGGUUCCUACAUGGAGGAGACCCGAAGCUGCUCCUGCCCGUACGAGCAUCCCCCCUGCCAGAGUGUGAUCCCAUGCACAGUAGGGGAGGGCUCCUCGUGCGCAUCCUGCUCCUAUGAAAAUCGCUCCCGCUGUGCCACAUGUAAUCAGGGCUACAUGCUGAGCCAGGGCGUGUGCCGCAACGAAGUGCCAGACUCCACUGACCAUUACAUCGGCUUUGAGACUGACCUGCAGGACAUGGAGUUGCGCUACCUGCUGCAGAAAAGAGACAACAGAAUCAGCAUUCAUGGGAUCUUCGUCAGCAAUGAUGUCAGGCUGAAUAACUGGUUUGACCCAUCAUGGAGAAAGAGGAUGUUGCUGACUCUAAAAAGUAAUAAAUACAAAUCAAACCAUGUCCACAUGCUCCUGGGCAUGUCUCUGCAGAUUUGCCUUACCAAGAACAGCACACUUGACCCCAUGCUCUCUGUCUACAUCAAUCCUUUUGGGGGGAGUCACUCAGAGAGUUGGAUCAUGCCCAUUGACCAGAACAACUACCCAGACUGGGAAAGGACUAAAUUAGAUCUUCCCUAUGACUGUUACAACUGGACUUUGACUUUAGGCAAUAAAUGGAAAACAUUUUUUGAGACUGUUCACUUCUACCUACGGAGCCGCAUCAGAGGGCCUUCAGGCAAUGGAAAUGGAAGUGUAUAUUUUGAACCACUGGAAUACCUGGAACCGGGCCAAAAUCUGGGCUACAUGAAGAUCAACAGCAUCCAGGUCUAUGGCUACAGCAUGCACUUUGACCCAGAAGCAAUCCAGGACUUAAUUUUACAGCUGGACUACCCGUAUACUCAGGGAUCGCAGGACUCGGCCCUGCUGCAGCUGCUGGAGAUCCGGGAUCGGGUCAACAGGCUUUCCCCACCUGGAGCUCAGCCUCUGGAUCUAUUUUCUUGUCUGUUGCGGCACCGGCUCAAAUUGUCCACAACAGAUGUUACCAGAAUCCAGGCAGCAUUGCAGACUUUCAGUGCCAAGCAGCCAAACUCCAUUGAAUAUGAAACAACCAAAUUAUGUAGCUAG